AUGUCUUUUCUCUUCAAGAGCUCGAAGAAAGGCAAUGCCAUACCCAAUGGACUUCCACCCGCCACGCGCGACAUCAAGUCCUCGGAUGGACCACAGUCCCAGAUCCCUACGCUGAAUGGCGUAAUGAAUGGCUCGAAACCGGGCUCACCCACGCCGCAUCAGCAAGGAAGUGUAAAUACUAGUUUGAAUAGUGUGGCGGGUGAUGGGAGGAGUAGCAGUGCGCCGCCGCAGGAGGAAUUGGCCCGGAGACAGUUGAUGCGCACACAGCAGGAAGGUAUGGGCGGGCCACCGAGAGGGGCGCCGAGUCCAGAGCAGAAGAUGCUGAGGGAGAAUAGUCGGGAACCGCCACAGCAGCAUCGUGGUGCUGUCCAGCCUCCACAGCGCACACCGUCGGUCGAUCCUUCCCCAUAUCCGUGGUCACAACGACGACUCAACUUCACCGUAUCCCACACCAACCCAUUUCCACGAUACGGAGCGGCGGUGAAUGCUACAUCGAGUAAGGACGGGAGCAUAUACCUCAUGGGCGGCUUGAUCAAUGGUAGUACCGUGAAAGGCGACUUGUGGAUGGUAGAAGCAGGAGCACCCAAUACGCCAAGCAACGAAGCACAGAUGACAUGUUUCCCUGUUGCAACGACAAGCGAAGGUCCAGGACCGAGGGUGGGCCAUUCGAGUCUGCUUGUGGGUAAUGCUUUCAUCGUGUUCGGUGGUGACACCAAAAUGGAUGACGGAGACCAGCUGGACGACACCCUAUACUUGCUCAACACGUCUACGAAGCAGUGGUCGAGAGCACUACCAGCUGGACCGCGACCGCCAGGAAGGUACGGCCAUACUCUGAACAUUCUGGGAAGUAAGAUAUAUAUUUUCGGCGGUCAAGUCGAAGGAUACUUCUUCAACGAUCUGGUAGCAUUCGACUUGAACGCGCUACAGCAGGCGACGAACCGAUGGGAGAUUCUGAUCCAGAACACCAUCGAUGGCGGACCACCUCAUGGACAGAUCCCACCAGCACGUACGAAUCAUUCAAUGAUCAGCUGGAACGAUAAGCUGUACUUGUUUGGCGGUACAGAUGGUGUGAAUUGGUACAACGACGUCUGGUCAUAUUCGCCACACACCAAUUCCUGGACACAACUGGAUUGUAUAGGCUAUAUCCCGAGUCCACGAGAAGGUCAUGCGGCGGCGCUUGUAGGAGACGUCAUGUACAUCUUCGGUGGCAGAACAGAAGAAGGCAAUGAUCUUGGUGAUCUUGCAGCUUUCCGCAUCACAAGUCGGAGAUGGUACACAUUCCAGAAUAUGGGUCCAUCGCCCAGUCCUCGAUCUGGUCACAGCAUGACUACUGUCGGCAAGUCGAUUGUGAUCUUGGCGGGAGAGCCAAGCAGUGCACCAAGAGACCCUGUGGAGCUAGGUAUGGCGUACUACUUGGACACUGCCAAGAUCAGAUAUCCUCCGGACUCGGCAUCGCAGACCCCUGUCAACGAUAGGAUACAGGGUACACGCAGGCCAAGUGGCGAGAAGGGUGGUGUGCCUGUAGGCGUCAAUGCUAGGAAUGUGGCACAACCACAAUCGCCACCACCUGUCGAGAUCAUGGACAGGCAACGCAUGAACUCUGGCGACUCCUUCAACUCGAGAGGAGGGUCUAUGUCCAAGCUUCCGCGCAUAACUUCGCCGACUCAAGCACCGAGCCCGGCACCUACUGGACCGCCGCCACAAGCACCAGGACAGCAAGCUAUGAAGACGAAUGGAGUUGUCGCUGCACGACAGCCAAGUAGACCUCUUGACCGAGCAUUAAGCCCGAGCAAUGAUGCCGAGCGCGCACACAGGUUCGAGAGUAACACGUUCAUGUCACCACAAGGAGCGCGAGACUCUCCUGGCGUGCGCUCGCCCAUCGAGGCGCGUGCACCGCUGAGUCCAGGCUUUCCGCCUGAGCAGUUCUUCGAAAAUGAAAGGGUCGAGCAACAGCCUGCUCGGUACAAGCCUGAGACUUAUCAGCCAUCACAAGAUCAGUCCGCUGCAGGUUUGAGCAGGCAGUCUUCGAGGAAUCAGCGUGGCAAAGUCUCUUCUGAGAUGGAUCGCGUUAUUGAUUCCGACACGCCACGACAGUCGCUUACUGAAGUACCUGAGCAGCUUCCCAAGGUGCGCGAAGUGGAUGAAGACGAGAAGGAGGAGAAAGAGGUCCCUCAGGACUCGGGUAUUGGAAGCAGUCCUGCUUUUAUCCAGCAGCAUGAUGAGCUGGUCAGAGAACUCGAAGCGGUCAAGCAGAAGAAUGCUUGGUUCGCAUCCGAGCUAGCCCUAGCGCGCAAGUCUGGAUACAGUGGUCGGGCCUCAGCGGACACGCCUGUCCUGGACGAAAGGGCACCAGCUGAGCUGUUUCAGGAGGAAGACAAGCCGCUAAUCGAAGCUCUUCUCAAGAUGCGCUCUGAGCUUGCUAGGGUGCAGGAGACGAUUGAUCAGCAGGCUCGUGGAGCUGCCGAGCGGAUCGCGGCUGUCGAGAAGCAACGUGAUAAUGCUAUCAACGAAGCCGUCUUCGCCAGAACCCGCUUAGCUGGCCAGCACGUGGAUGGGGCUGGCGCGCGUGGUACGCCAGAUCAGGAACGCCACAGUGAGAUGCAGAAGAGACUUGCUUCGUCCUUGAACGCACAGGGCAACCUGUCUCGGCGAAUCGAGAACUUGAUGAAGGAAGUGGAGUCAGAGAAGCAGACUCGGGGUCUUGCUGAGGAGACUGCAGAUGCCGCUCACAGGCGUGUGACGGAGCUGGAGUCGCAUCGCCAGGCAUACUCUUCUGAGCUGGAUGGUCUGCGGGCCCAGCUGCACGAUACGCAGACGCAGCAUCGCGAUCUUCUGGCGACACACUCCGAGAUCUCAUCGCAGCAUCAGAUGCUCACUCUGGACAAGGACGAGCUGAGCAAUCAGCUUAGCUCUUUGCGAUCCGAGAGCGAUGGGCAUACUAGGAUUCUCAGCAGCCUGCGUGAAGCUGUGACGGCAUCGACGUCGAAGGCAGAAGUGCUGGAGCGCAAGCUGGAUGAGGAACGCGGCGGUCGUGACUCCUUGGAGCAGAAGCUCAGACAGCUCAAGAACGACCACGAAGAGCGGACGGCAGAGCUUGAGACGACUACUCGCAGGCUACGUGAUGCCGAAGAGCUCAGUGAGCGCCAUGCUCAUGAAGCCAAGACACAUCGCGAGGUUGUCAUGGCUGGUUUCGGCAAGGUCUCUGAUCGUGGUGGUGUCACUUCUGGAUCUGACGAGCGUGUUGUCAUCCUACAACAGCGCGUGUCUGAGGCGAACGAAAUGGUGCGCCAGAAUCAAGCAGCCGCUGAUGCGGCAUCGCAGAAGUUGCGAUCUGCUGAGGAGCGCAUCGCUGGGCUCGAGGCAUAUCAGGAGCAGGCUAGUCGCGAGGGUCUGUCUAUCCGGAAGCAGCUCCAGGUUGCGAUGAAGGACAAGCAAGCUAUGGAGAGUGAGAGGAAGGAUCUGGAAGUUCGCAUGCAGCGAGAUGCAUUGGAGGCUAAUGCCUUGUCGGUGCAGCAUUCCAGCUUGAAGGACAUCCUCGCCGAACGAGGCAUCAAUGCCGCAGAAGCUAGGAGGAGCCGUGCUCUCGACUCGCCUAACAGCCUCGCUCGGUUCUCGACGCCCGACCUCCAUCGUGUCAAGGAGCUGGAACAACAGCUCGAGGCUAGUCUCCGCAGCCAUGACGAUAUGAAGACUCAGUUCGAAGAAGUCAACGAACGCGAUGAGAAGAUGAAGCGCGAGUAUGAGGACAAACUGACCGCACUCGAUAACGAUCAUCAGGCCGCUGUCAAGUAUCUCCGUGGUACGGAGAAGAUGCUGAGUAAGAUGAAGCAGGAGCUGCAGCGGGUCAAGAACGAGAACGGCGAAAUGAAGAAGAAGCUCGAAAAGGCCAAGGAGGAAGGCGGGAGUGCAAGAGGGUCUCCGGAUGUUGCCGAGGCAGCAAAGGGCUGGGAGCAGGAGAGAGAGAAACUCAUGUCUGAUCACACCGGUCUGAAGAACAGUGUUACUGAUAUGGAGGGCCGGAUCAACACGAUGCAACAGCAGUUGCAGACUUCGCAUUCAGAGCUCGAGCAGACGAAGAAUGCGCAUGCAACCAGCCAUGCGGAUCUGAUGACCUUGCAAUCUACGCAUCAGCAGACGAGGGGCGAUAUCGAGCACCUGCAGAAGGAGAACUCGAUGCUAGAAGAGCGGGCGCGAGAUGCUGAGAACAAGGUCCAACUGCUACUCGAUCAGGUCGAGCACAGUGUUGACAACUACCGUCGGCAGUCGAGGAUAGGUGGCGAGGCGCCUACGCUUGCGAACGGGACAAGCUUCCACUCCCGCAACUUGAGUGGAGGCAGCCAGGCUACUACCACUAACAUUGACAGUACCACCGGCCUCGGCGGCGGCGUAGGAGGACAUUCUCGCAACCUCUCCGCUGGUGGCGAGAGCACAUACAGUCAAGAAACCAGUGUGGCAGGAGGCGAAGAUGGCCGCAAUUCCCUCGCUCUCGACAGCUUGGCGUCUGAACUUGACGCUCUGCGCUCGCACUGGGAGACGACGAAUAAGAAUUACCGACUCUCGGAUAAAUUCGACUUUGAGACUUCGAGGACGGCGACGGCGGCUUCGAAUAGUCAUCCGAAUAUUAGUGCUGCGGGGGGGUUGGCGGGCUGGAGAGCGGGUCUCGCGGCUGAGCAUGAGGGGGAGGUGGAUGGGGAGCAGAGUAGGCCGACGACUGGUACAAGUACGAUCAAGGGCGAGGACGAGGUUGGUGGGCAUGUGAGUGGUGGUGAGCAUGGACAGCAGCAGCAGCAGCAGCAGCAUGCUGGUGGGGCGCACUGA